GCCACAAGCUUCUAAAUAUAUCGCAUGGUCUGAAUUCUACUUACUAUCUAUCCAACAUUUCAUUCCAUCUCAACACUCAACCUCUAAACCACUCUUCAAUAUGGUACUUUCUUCCUGCUCUUUAACAUGGACUUCACCCUCUUUAUCCCAUAAGCUAAACUUGCCACAUUCAAAUCGUUUGCUUCGGAAUACUCCAAUUUCAUCUUCCAACAAUGUCUCUUGUGCAAUGGAAACAUCUUCAAGUUCAGAAAGUAAGAGCCUGAGAAGACCUCUACUGUUGGGCAUAGGAGCAUUAGCAGCAAAUUUGCAGCCAACAAAAUUACUCUUUGCUGAUGAAAUACCGGACAGAUAUAGAGCUUUUGUCGACUAUUCAGACGGAUAUUCUUACGUUUAUCCUUCGGAUUGGAAAGAAUUUGACUUCAGGGCUCAUGAUUCUGCAUUCAAAGAUAGAUAUCUACAGUUACAAAAUGUAAGGGUGAGAUUUAUACCAACUGAGAAGAAAGAUAUCAGAGAUUUGGGUCCAAUGGAAGAGGUUGUAACUGAUUUGGUGAAACAUAGAUAUACUGCACCAAACCAAAUACCAACAAUAUAUGACAUGGAGGAGCGGACUAUAGAUGGAAAACAUUACUAUACAGUUGAAUUUGAACUUGCGUCCCGAAAUUAUGGUAGUGCCUGCUUUACAGUACUUGCCAUAGGAAAUGGAAGGUCCUACACAUUGGUUGUUGGAGCCAAUGAAAGGCGAUGGAAAAAAGUACGCAAUCAGCUUAAAGUGGUGGCAGACUCCUUUAGGCUCAUAGACAUUUGAUAUGUUACAGAACCAUGCGAGACAUGUGCCAAUUUGGCUAUAUAUCAAGAUUGAAAUGUAUGUAAAUUUUUGCAAGGGAAUGAUAUCAUCUGUCUACAAAUACAAAAUUUCUUCCAGUUGGUAAUACAUUGCAUAUGUAUAUAAUAAACUUGAGAAA